AUGCCAUCCUUUGUUAAACCCGAGAACGUACUGUGCAUAUACGAGUAUGUUCCAAAAGAUACUAACGCUCAAGUGCAAUACCAAGCAUUUGUGAGUCAGCUGAGAUCCAAGAGAGAGAAGCGUGGCGAUGCAAAUUUCAAGUACGCAUGGUUUGGAUCAACGGCGCAGGAAAUCCUCAGAAUUCUGACCUGUGGAUUUGGAUCGGCGGUCGCACCCACCGCAGGAGCAGCUUUCGGCAGCGGCAACUACCUUACGCCAGGCAGCCGUCCCUUCUCCAGGAACUAUUUAAACAGCGGGUUGCCCCGCCGCAUCCUGUACUACAAGCGUGGUGAGUGGACCGAUUUUCCCGAGUCGGCGAGGGAGGCGAUCAUCGACGGAUUCCGCCACCAGAUGCCCUGUAUGGUCGUCUUCUUUGGUUGCGAGCUAAUGCUUGUCGACCUAUUAUGCAUGGUCAUGUCGAACUCGAGGACAAAGAAACAUGCCUCUGUGGCAUGGAUCGACGAGGCCGAUCGAUGCUUCUUCCCUUGCGUAUCAUUCGACGGGGGAGUCGAUGAACCCAGUGAGCAGGUUUCUGGUGUGGUCAGGCCACAGGCAUAUUCGGUUCCGGCCCCUCAAAUGGUGACAGAAGUUAUCGCCGGCGACGGAAAUGGGCCUCCCGCCCCAGAGGCUAAAAUACUCAAUCUGCAAACGGACAGCGGAAGCUUCGCCUUCAUGGAGAAGCUUUUCCUUUGGGGGAUGCCAUCCUUUGUCAAGCCCGAGAACGUACUGUGCAUAUACGAGUAUGUUCCAAAAGAUACUAACGCUCAAGUGCAAUACCAAGCAUUUGAGAGUCAGCUGAGAUCCACGAGAGAGAAGCGUGGCAAUGCAAAUGCCAAGUACGCAUGGUUUGGAUCAACGACGCAGGAAAUCCUCAGAAUUCUGACCUCUGGAUUUGGAUCCGCGGUCGCACCCACCGUAGGAGCAGCUUUCGGCAGCGGCAUCUACCUUACGCCAUAUCACCGUUCCUUCUCCAGGUUCUUUGUGUUAGGUUAUAGCGACCGCUGA